AGGGAGACGCCACCUUUCGGUAGGGGCGGGUGAAGAGAGGAGGCCUUUGGUCAAGGACACCGCGGGAAACAGAAAAGGAAAGCGAAUUCUCUCUGACACCAAGACCAACGCUUUAGCAAAGCUCCUCCGGCGGGUAUUUUGUUUUCCCAGCGGGUUCUGCCUUAACAAUCAGGUCCUUUGUAAGCCAAAAUGUGCAGGGCAUAAAAGCAUGUGGUUUGGGACUUUCCAAUGGGGAAGUGAACAGAAACUGCCACAGACCCGGACGUGAAUAGGGCGUUACCCUCUGCUGGUGAAUGCAGGCAGGCCUGGCUGAGGGUGGUGAGACUGCAAGGGACAGGUGAGAGAUGAAGCUCAGAAGACAUCUUUGCAGAGAUGUGGAGAAGCCAGGAGGAAGUCCUUCCUAAAAUAAACCUGACCUCUCGUGGGUUCCCAAACACUAACUUGUUUCCCUGGGAAUUUGGAGGUGGGUACGAAAAAUUUGGAGAUUUUAGCAUUCAGGUGCCAGGAAUGCAGAUGGGACAGCCAGUGCCAGAAACAGGCCCAGCUAUACUCCUCGAUGGAUACUCUGGGUACCCAGCAUAUUCAGACACUUAUUCCUCAGCUGGUGACUCCGUGUAUACUUACUUCAAUGCUAUUGCUGGACAGGGUGGUGAAGUGGAUGCUGAAGAACUUCAGAGAUGUUUGACACAGUCUGGAAUUAGUGGAACUUACUCUCCUUUCAGUUUGGAAACCUGCAGAAUUAUGAUUGCCAUGUUGGAUAGAGAUCACACAGGAAAAAUGGGAUUUAAUGAAUUCAAAGAGCUAUGGGCAGCUCUUAAUGCCUGGAAGGAAAACUUCAUGACUGUUGAUCAAGAUGGAAGUGGCACAGUAGAACAUCAUGAGUUGCGUCAAGCCAUUGAUCUUAUGGGUUAUAGGUUGAAUCCUAAAACAUUAACUACUAUUGUUAAACGUUAUAGCAAGAAUGGCAGAAUUUUCUUUGAUGAUUAUGUUGCUUGCUGUGUGAAGCUUCGAGCAUUGACAGAUUUCUUUAGGAGAAGAGACCACUUGCAACAAGGGUCUGCGAAUUUCGUAUAUGACGAUUUUUUGCAGGGCACUAUGGCAAUUUGAAUAUUUAGAAUUCUAAACCUGAAGAGACGCCGUGAAUUCUUUUGCUUGGAAGAAGUGAACUGGACUACUUUAAAACUUUUAAGGGUUUUCUAUGUUCUUCCUACCCGUUAAACCUCUUCCCUUUCUAUAUGUUUUUAUUUUAGCAGAUAGUUCAAAGCAAUAAAAGGUUUUUUUUAAUUUGAUGUAUUACUGCUUUUGGAAAAGUUAUUUUACAAAUAUGUGCAUAUUGUCAUAAAAUAUUGUAUGAUUAAUUGAUUUAAAUAAUGCUUAGCCUUAAUUUUUAAUAAUGUAAAUUUAGAGGAAUGUACUUUACAAGAUAGAUUUUAUAAGAAGCCAAAUGAUGAAAGCCUAGAAAAAACUAAUUUAUACUUAUCUGAAGGUUACAAAUUAGACUUUUAAAUUUUGUUUGUAGUUGGUGGUGUUUGAGGGUCGGCUAGAAAUGAGAGCCUGGAUUUUGUGCCAUGUUUGUAAUAUAGUUUGUUCCUUGAUCAAAUAAUCAGAGAAAAAAAGUUAAAGAUCUUUGUCCAUGAAGAAGAAAAUUAUCUCCCCAGUCAUCCAUCUCUGUAGUGAAAUAAGACUACAGAAGGCAUUAUUUUUUCCUUUUUUAUUUUUUGUAGUAUAUAUUUUUCUUAAAUAUGUUUUAUUGUCUUCUCUAAGCAAAAAGUUCUUAAUAAACAUAGUAUUUCUCUCUGCACCGUUUCAUUAGUGAAGACAUAGUUCACCUAAAAUGGCAUCCUGCUCUAAAUCUAGACUUUUUGGAAAUGGCGUAUAUUUUUGAUGAUAUGUCAACAUUCAAUAUUGUCCUAAUUAAAUUGUUGUUUAAAUGUAAUGUCAACUCUUUAUCGAGUUAAAAAUAAACAAGUAAUUAACCACUCUAAUUGUUCAGAAAUUAUACAUUUGACUUAUUUGACAACCUUAACAUUAGUGGUGGCUUUGCCAUUAAAAACCCAGUAAGUAUUUUGAGUGCAUCUAUGUAAUGUGGUGUUUUGAGCAUAGUAGGCACCACAGCAACUUUUCUGUGUGGUACUAAAACUGCCAAAAAUGCGAAGUAGGAUCACCAGAUCUUCAGUGUUUAAUAUCCCUGGUAUAAGAUGUUAUAAUUAAUGUAAUUUCUUUCUUGGCAAACACCUCAUGUCUGUCUGAGUGAAGAUUUAAUAAACUACAUAUUUUUCUUAUGCUUUAAAUGCAUAUUUUCUAACCUAACAGUGAGUGACAUAAUUUUAUGACUGCUGACCAAAUUAAUUUAUAGAUUUUAUAAAAUCCCAUGUUUCUUAAUGGAUGGAGGAUAGAUGGCAAGAUCUUGAACAAAACCUUUUAUAAACUUACAGAAUUUUAAAUCAGCUUUCACUUUAAAAAAUCCUGGAAAGGAAGUAAUGCAUAGUCACUUGACACUGAUAAUUUUAUAUAAUUUGCUGUCAAGUUCACUUGGUCAGUUUUAUAAAAAUGUGUGAAUAGGUAAUACACAUAAUUUUGUUCUCUGGCUUUUUUAUGGACAUAUAUUUGAUAAUGUGAGAGGACAUUAACUGAGCUGGUAAAUUAAAGAAACAGAAUUCUAAUUAGAAGUGUUGUAGGAAAAAGCAAAUGUAAAAACACUAUGUGUCGUUGACAUUGAAUGGUGAUGAUGUGGCUCAGCAACCUGUAAUCUUGACCUCCAGGUUAUACAGGUGGUCGUUACUGAACUAUUCUGUGGUCAAUUAUGAUUAUCUCUCUUACUUGGAGGCUCACAGUUGAGGUAAAACUUUUAAAAUGACAAAUGGUAUUAUUCAUGUAAGUUUCUGCCAGAUGACACUGUAUUAGAACUGUUUAACACAAUUCUCAUUUAAAAAUGUUCUUAUGACUUUUGGUCAUAGAAGGUCUAUGAAGGAGCUUCCAUGGCCAAACAUAUUUAGAAACUCUCACUUUCUAAAGCUUGAUAAGGUAUAUUAGCGUCUGAAACCCCAAGGUUAAUAAAAUCAGUCAUGUUUAAUUUUAUUUGACCCAGUUUUUUCCAAACUUUUUGACCACAGAACCCCUUUCUCUAGCAAAACCUAACAUUCUAUGCCGAUCCAACUUAAUUGCCAGGCAACUCUUCUGCACUUUACAUUAAACAGACAAACUUAUGUUAACAAAAACAUUAGGCCUAGAGAAUAUUUUACCAGAAUUUUUAUACUGAAAUACAGUUCACUUUUUCAAUGCUUUAAAAAUAACUGAUAUUUUUAUGAUGAACAUGACUGUAAUAUUAAUAUAGUAUAAUAGUUUGCACUAACUUACACCCCAGUUCUUUUACAAAGAUGUAAAUUAUUGAAUAAUGUACACUCUUAAUGUAUAAGUGCUUUUAUUUAUACAGUAAACAUGUCUCCAUGUCAUUUUGAGAAUUUUUUUAAUAAACAUUCAAAUAGCUUGCUGUAAA